UCUGUUUGGACUGGUGAAAUCGAAAUGUUUGUCACUUAAACAUUAAAAUCAGAAAAUUCAGGAAAUGCUAAUCAGCUAUGUAAAUCUCAUGAUUGUGCCAAUAAAUAGAAUCAUUCAUUCAUGGUUCAUAAAUUAUUUGGAUAUGAUAUUUUGAACAGAACUGAAGACGUACUAAUAACUUGUAUUGAACUAAUUUCUAUUGGCUUUGAGGAAUACUAUUUUUAUCGACAUAGUAGCUGAACUUUCAUUCUUUAUAGCUAAGUCUGUUUUUUUGAACAUUUCAAAUAACGUACUGAUUGUACUUAGCCAUAAAAGCUCAAGAAAUACUGGUCAUCUAAUUCGUCUUAGUAUAGAACUCCUGCGAAAUAUUCAUCCACAACCCUAUCAGGUACCGAUCUUAAGUCUUUCAAGUCUUAUAACCGAACACCUAACCUACAAACCACUGAGAGGGGAUACAUUUAUUUGCAUUUCCAACUCCAGUUAAUUCUUAACGUGUUAUUUAUUAGAAGCUAAGCAACCGAAGAUUAUAUGUUUUUGUGUAAGGCAUCACAUCGCUGUUUUUAUUUUGACCAGUUUAACUUCCGAUGAUCUCAGAUCAUAAUUAUCUUUAAUGUAUUAACAAAGUUUUCAUGAAAUCAAGUUGCUUCAUUAUUAUCGCGUACCUAUUGAUAGCUAGUUUCAAGAUGAAUUUCACGAAAUUGCAAUAAAUAGCCAUUUUACCCGUCACAAUCAAGAGAUUUGGGAAAACUAGAUGGUAUUAACGCAUUGACCAUAAUGGAUAGUGAUCGUUGAUGAAGUUGAACAUCUGGAUCAUGGAAUUCAAAUUCAGUUGCUUAAUGCUAUCUUUAUCAACAUGAGAUUUUCAUGUUCGAUUUCAUACAAGGUCUUCGGUUGAUAUUUUAUAUUUCCCUGCGUGCCGUCAUUCAUGUUGUUUAUCCCUUUAGAUUGAUCAAAUUUUAAUUUGAACGUCACCACUCAGAAUAACUUGAUAUCACAUUGUAUUAUGCUUGAUCGUAAAUAGUUACCGGGGGGACGGGGAUGACAUUAAGUAACAGAUUAUCUGAUAGAGGUCGGUACUCAAUGAUUGGUUGUUAAAAUAUACUUGUAUUUACUUAAGCAUAAAUUGACCCACUAUUAUUCGAUGUGGUAACUCUUAAAGCAUCUUAAGUGUAAGUCUUUUAUUAUAAGUGUUUUUUCUCCUAAUAUUUCCUCUUGGAUCUUUCUCUGAUACCUAUUUUAAAAUGACUUAUUCAUACCUGUCUUUUAUUAAUAUUAUUCCUUUAAGAUAAACUAACUAAAUGGAGGUAUUUCUAGGUCGCUCGAAAGUGAAAAAUCCCAUGCAAUUACCACAGUCAACAUUAUCGGGUAGUAAUAGUAAUAGCAGUAGUACUUUACCAUUUCCAAUAUUGUUUAAAGAAGAUUUCACGAAAUUCAAUUCUGAUCAUGAUGAUAACAAUAAUGAUGGUAUAAACAGUUGUGAACAGUUUACAUUUCAAGCGGUUUUAUUAAAUGGUGCUAAGGCAUUAAUCACUGAUUUGGAACAAAUCAAGAUACUUCGAAAAAGAGGUUGUUACGGUUUUAGUCAGAAUGAUAAUUUUAAUCUUCCUAAUAAAACCAACAGUAUACCUAAAGAAUACAGUACAGAUGAUGACGACAAUGAUGAUUAUGAUAAUGACAAUGACGGCGGGGAUACGUCAGAUGCAGAGAAUUCAAUUGAUAAUUUUUGUAUUUCAAAAGGUAUUGAAAAAACAGAUGAAAAUGUUUCCAACGAAACGAACGUUACACAUUUAAUAUUGAAUGAUGUAGAAACGUUGUUUUUACUCCAUGGACUUGGUUGUUUAGACGUUUACUUGCCACUUAAUGGAAAUUCACAGUUUCAUUCAACCAAUGAAUGUCAACAGCUGGACCCGUUGUCUUUGACUGAGGUCUGGUUCUGUUUGUGUACAGGAUCUGUUGAUUCACCUUGUUUACAAAUUCAAUCAGCACGAGAACAUAUUGAAAAGUAUUCAGAAAAAGAAUUCCAUCUAUUACGCCGUUAUGCUGUAUAUAUAUAUUAUAGAUCUAAGGGUUGGAUUGUACGCUCCGGAUUAUGUGUAGGUGGCGCUGAUUACCUACUUUAUGCUGAAGAUCCUAAUUGGAGACAUGCUUCAUUUUGUGUUCUAGUUGAUAGGGAUUCUACAAAUAAGGAUGGAGAACAAAUGAAUUGCAGUUCAAUAGCUGCACAUGUUCGUGUUGCACAUUCGGUCGGUAAAGUAAGUUCAUUUAAUUAUAUUUUGUGUAUAGCUUGGAUCAAAUAAAUCCAUAAGAUUUUGAAUAUUAAUUUGCUUUUUAACUUAAGGUCGCACAUAUAAUGUAUUGAUAUACGUUUUCGUAAUUCUAUUAUAAAUUAGGUGAAUGAGUAAGUUAAAGUUGCACUUGAAUGGUUGAAAAAAUGUCUAAUCAUAAAGGAGAACUUAAUCAUUGGCAACGUCUGAGACUAUGAUACUGGGAGACACAAGUUUAAAUGCAACGUCGGGUAUAAUUGUCGUCGUGAUUACAAAUAUAAUUUGCUACGUGUGAUACUUUGUCGCGUAAGUCUCCCGUCAAUUGAGGAGUUUUCCGACAAUCCAUGGGAAGCUGUUCGGAAAACAACAAUUAAGGAAACUCUCAUUGAUUAUUGGAAACCGAAAGCCAAAUAAUAAAAGUUUGAGAACCAAUUUAGGUUUUAAGGUACAAAGUGCCUUAAAUAUAUUUUCAGCGAAAUCAUAUUUCCCAAUAGCGGUGAUGUACAUAUAUUUAAAAUUUUCUGGUUUUCUAUGCAAUAAGGUACUCCCUACAAAUACGUCUUUUUUUUGUUAUACCGUCAGGUUCCCAGAUGUUCACUCAUUAAGUUGCCUAGAUCAUCCAGUACUUUCGUAAAUGUGUUAUGAUGUUGUUCAGAUACAUACGUUGUGGAGAUUAUUAAUUUUACUUAGCUUACCAGCCUGCCUUAGUCAGAAAACCAUUAGAAACCUGAAAGCACUAAGUGACCAUUUCGCUCUAAUAUGGGAUUGCUUAGCAGUAGGGAUGUACGACUUUAAUCUGUAAUCGACCUUCGGUCUCGCACGCGAACGCUUAACCUUUAGACUACUAAGCUGCGAUGUAAAUGAUGUGCAAUUCAUUACGUAUGAAUUAUAUCACAUCAUAAUUGAAUUUAGACAAUAAUGCAUUGUCAUCGUACCCAUCUGAAAAGAUCGAGGCCGCUACUAAGAGUAUUAUUCAUUUCAAAGUAUACUGGAGCCUUUGUGAACUAAUUAAUGCAAGUUGCUGGAGUGUUUCAUUGAAAUCAUGAACCGAUCUGAGUUAUACAACCAUUGAAAACCUGGAAGCACUGGACGGCUGUUGGAUUGUUAACCAAAUUACUGUGAUUAAUCAGUUCUAGGGUAAGCAGCUAUUCAAUAAUAUGUGUUAACUCCAUUUACCAAUUCAAUAUUUCAAGAGGCUGAUAUUGAAACUAAAACAAAGGAAGUGUAAUGUACAUAUUGUUGCACCCCUAGUAUCCUUAACCGUUCAAAUAAAGUGCAUGAAUGAAUAAAUUUUGUUCAACCUCUACCUUGAAUACGUACAAAUCACUUUCGUCCGAACUGCUUUUAACCAAAAGCUUAUGUAUCAUGUGGAAGUAAACUGUGAUUGAGCAAGGACAGAUAUAUCUGGCUACACUGAACAUAUUUGUUUAUAAAAUGUUCAUUCCAAUGACUUGUUUUGUUGAUUGCAUUGAGCUAUUUUUCAAUAAAAUGUUGUUCUAGCUUA